AUGGCGGAGUGUGCAGCUGACGCAAGUGAUGAUGCCUGGACUCGCGUCAAGUCAAGCAAGAAGUCGGCGGGGGCCAUCCUCUGGGAGAAACACUCUGAUAAAGCCAAACGAAGGGCCAAGAAGAAGAAAUGGGGAUCGACCGGAGCGAAUAAAGCAGUGUCCGUGUCGACAGGAGACGAUAACGAGCCAGUGGUGUACGGUGUUCGGAGCAGCACAACAGUGAACGCACCGUUGGAUAUGGUGCUCAAAACACUCGACGCCUCGGUGGCCACUGCGCAUCGCUCGUUCACCAGAAUCAUCUACGGGAACCUCGUUGCCGACACUUCAGUGCUUUUCCAUAGCUCGACGCCCAGUACAGAUUUCCUUGCCAAAACUGAGAGCGACAGUUUGGAAACUCUUGCGGUUCGCUGGUUCGUGUGCCGCUGCAGCAACCCGAUGGUGUCGGAUUGCGACUUCUGCCUGCAGGCGUACACCAAGCGAUAUUCGAUCGAUGAACUGGCAAUGAAUGGAGACCCCUACAACAAUAACGCAUGGGAAGACGACAACAGUGACGAUGGGCGCAGUGAGACCCGCGAAGGGCUCCACCCGAGACGUGAAAUGCCAGUGGCGUACAAACUCUUCCGGUCGAUGGAGACGCGACACUGCCCCGAGCUGCUCGAGUCUCACCGCGUUGUUCGGUGUAAAGUUCCAUUGGGCGGCUUCCUCUUGUAUCCGACCGACUGCAGUGACAAGACCGACGUCGUCUUCUACAUGAGCAUCGCACAUGAUGCAAUGCAGCGAUCGACAGUUCCGUGCUCUCCAGAACGUCGUGCGGGAAAUGGCGCUGCAAAUUGGUCGCCUGGACAACGCGAUUGA